UAUGAAGGAUGAAAAAGAUGAAAAGUUAGAAAAGGCAAAACAUGCAAAACUUACAGAGAACACAGAUGAAGCAUCAAACAAGGACAUUAUUGGUCAACAGAGUGGUAAUAGUGAUUUGCCAAUGGUGGAAUUGAGAAUAAGAAUUCCCGAUGGUCAGGUCUUAUUGCUUAGUCUUCCUAACAACACAACAAUUCAAACAUUAUAUCAGGAAGUAAAAAAUCACUUGCCAUCAAAUGACAGCCUAAGCCAAGAUGACUUUGUUCUCAUGACGUUGUUUCCGCAAAGAAGAAUCUCUGACAUGGAGAGUACCUUAGAAUCAGCAGGUUUGGCCCCUCGUGCGGCACUUGUGGUACAGAGGACCGAUCAGCAAGGUGUGCUUACCCAGGGGGAGGGCGCAGUAUAUAGCGUAAGAAAUGUCGCAAAAAUGGACGAUUGGCAGGAAUUAUUGAGUGAGCAAGGCAAACUUAUUGUUGUCAAGUUUUACGCUUCUUGGUGUUCCUUGUGCAGAUCCGUUUCAGACGCAUAUGAUUCUCUGAAUGCUAGUUACGGAAUGAACGGAAAAGUGUUGUUUGCACGGAUCAACGUCGACGAGUUAAAGGUGUUGAAGUUCCAACAAAGAGUCACGUCGCUGCCCACAUUUAAACUGUUUUGGAACGAAAAGGCGAUAGCUCAUGUAGAAGGAACUGGCAUGGAGGAAUUGAAGCAACAAAUUGAGACAAACAUAGAUGGACCAAGGAACACAAACACGCAGGAAGAGUCGUCAACGGAUGAUCAGUUGGACCAUGACCCUAGAUAAUGCGGGACCUGUACAUCAAACAGUGACUGCAUUUGUAAAGACGAUGUAAAGUGAAUCUUGAGCAUAUUACCUUAGCUCGGUUAUGCGUUAGGAGCUUUACUCCGUGCUGUAAGUCAGAGGUUGCGGUGAAUGACAACGAACCUGUGGAGAGUAACACAAUAUAUGCCUAGAAUCUGUAAAAACGCUAUCGACUGUUGGAAGAAAUGAGGAUAGAACCAAACAGUAGAAAUUGCAGAAAACCGACUCCAUGAUAGGAACGGAUGCUGAUCAUCGUCAUAAUACGUGUAGUACUGUAAAUACAUUACGGCUGUCUAGGAGAGGCAGCCGUUGUUUCUUCGUCCUCUAGAAUUGGCCACUUUGCUCUUACCUAGAGCUUCUAUUUUAAAAUGAGUCUUGGUACAAACCAUUGAUACCAGUUAGAGUUAAUUGAAAUUGUAAUUCUUUCAUAUCAGAGGUUUUUCGACAGGACGAAUCUUUCAGUCACAAUCAGAGGCAGAAGGCAACUCGACCGCACACAACCAGCCGACUGUCACUGAGCCAGUAGUUUACCAUCAGAGACGUUGCUAAGCAACCUGACGUUAUCUAUGACGUCAUGAUGACGUAAACAAUUAGCAACUGCUGGCGGGAGUUUUGUAUCGCUAAAUGUUUUCCAAAAACACGAUGUUUUUUAGACGUUUCUGCCAGAGAAUGUAUCAUGCUGCUCUAUAUUGGUGUGUUGAUGUUACACAUUCCCGUUUUUUUUCCGCGUUACGUUGAAAAGGGCUGCAUCGUUUCUGAUAAACACCUUUCUGAUGAUUUUCCAGUCUUCUUGCCCGGUCAAUAGUUUAUAAUCUUCAUCGGGUCGCCUCCACUUUGCUAGUUAUAUACCUCCCCCACUAACUUGGAGUUUGAUUGUACGGACAUUGGAUAGCCAACAUAGAGGUGACUCUUUGUUAAUACACAGAUGAUUUAAAUAAUGUGGCAUAAAAGGUAUUUAUUCAUGAUUUUCGCCAUCUUUGUUUUCGCAUCAUGACGUAAAUUGAGUACUUGAUUUUUGAGGUGGGCAAACGAGUUAAGAGGCGACAAAUUUAAAUAGAUUAUUUCGGCGCGUCUAUGAAAAAAAAAACGAUCUGUAGACGGAUUCGGCUAACGUGUUUAGAUCCUUGUUGCCACUCAAUUCAGAUCAUGUGAUGAUUCAUUUGGGAGGCUACAACUGUUCUGUUUGUACUUGCUCCCAUGCAAUCAGUUGCGUCUGGCAAAUUGCGCGAUUGUAACCUCCUAAAUGAAUCAUCACGGGGUCUGACUCGGGUAGCAACAACGAUGUAACACGUUACCCGACUCCCUCUAUUUAUCAUCAAUAAGGGUACAGCUGCAUAAAGAAACGUUAAUUUUUAAGCGAACGGAGUAUUUCCACAAUUGUAACUUAUUUUAAGUCGACUGGGUUUUUUUUUUGUAUUCAGCAUGGUUUCAAUCGGCGAAAAAUCACACAAAAUCUCUCAGCGUACGAGAUAUUUUUGAUAACGUAAAUCUAAGAGUAAGUCCACGUGUUUCAACGUGUACUGGCGUCUAUUUUUUUAACGAGAAGACGUCUUUCAUGAAACAAAAGGCAGAAAGCAAUUGUAAUACUAUCCUUGCCUGUUUUAACGCUUAAAUUUUAAGAUUCUAUUAAAUAAAGCUGUUCUUGAUAUCUAAAGCAAAUCAACAUGAUUUUGAAAUUGUCGAGGAUGGGAUGAAAAUCAUCCACAGAAAGGAACAGAAAAGAUUUUCUUUCUCUGUUGAAGGUUCGGUGGCCAAGUGGUUGGUGCUUUGGACUCGUAAUAGAGCGACCCAAACUGGAAUCCCGGCCGAGGUCAUUGUCUUGUGUUCUUGGGCCAGAAGGCAUUUCACCAAAAUAGUGCCUCUCUCCGUCGAAUACUGACCCACUGUUAGAAAAAACCUGGCAAAAGGUUAGGGUUAACCUGCGAUGUAGCAUUCCAACAAGGAGAGAAUUACCAAAAUACGUAGAAUUUAACUUUAUUACCAUCAGACAAGAGCUCUGUAAAUGCACGAGGUGCAUUUACAUGGACUGCGCUGCUUAAAAACGAUAGCCGUGUAAGGUAAUCUUCAUAGAAUCGCAUACUCAAAGCUGAAUCGCACGGUGAAAAAGCACUCUGAUUGGCUGGAGUUGAGGGGUGGUUUCACGCGGAAUCGCUUGUUUGGCUUUGAAAUGGCUUUGAAAACAGCACGCAGUUUUAGUUUGGCUUUCAGUUUUUUUAUCGUUUUUUUCUCGAGCAAUUUCCAGUGGAAUCAACCUCGGCAUCAUAUUUUAGGAUAACUGAAUGGUAGAUCAUUUCAUGAAAGUUUUCUUUAAAAAGGCCGCGAUCAAAGGGCACGAUAUGGUAUGCUAACUGAAAAUGUAUUUUUUCAUAUUAUGACCGAUACUCGGACUGUAUUUGUGUUUUUGGUACAUUUUGAAAGCUGUGGAAGCUAAAAGUUAUCACAGGGGAGGGUUACAAUUUUUUGGGCUCACAUGUUAAGGGGGGUAAGAUUUUUGGGCUGUUAACCUGAGAGGGGCUUGCCUUUGAAAUAAUA